AUGCAGUACUCGCAGCCGGCACUUGGUGGCAAGCAGUCAGUAACGAUCCUGCGCGUCAAGCGGCCGCGCGACCAGCAGCCGAUGGGCGCCCUAGUCAUCGACCAGCACCUGCGCAAGCGCGUUGCCAGCAGCGUUGACCUAUUCGGCAGGACCACGGACCGACCUGACUCCCGUCACAGCACACCGGCGCCGGCCUCAGCACCAGAGGCCCAGAGGGAGAGCGCUAAGGCGCAGCGGAAGAUCCUGGCAGCAACUGGGAAGCAGCCGAAGCUGCGGGUGCUUGGGAAGCGGCGGAUCAAGCUUCUGAGCGACAUUCCGCAGACGCCGCACCAGUCGGAGGACUACGGGAUCCCACAGAAGACCAGCGAUAUCAAUAUGUUUGAUGCAAUCAAUGAAGACGAUAUCAUGGAAACGCGGCCUGCUAAGCCAUCUGGAUCGCUAGGCACGCCGAUGGAUACAAGUGAAGCGACGACAAAGGAGGAGGCGAUCAUGGAGCAGCUACUGCCGAUGGUACGCGACUACCUGUCGUUUAAUCAGACAAAGCCCGAGUACGUGUACGACUUUUACUAUAUCCUGAAGAACCACCCGGCGGGACUCGAUCCGAAUGUGCUGAGGACCGGGAAUGUGGGAUCGGUGCUGUGGAUUGACGACGCAGAGGAGUUUGUCAACAACAGAGAGAGCGACGAUGGGAAUGACGAUGACGAGGACUCGAAUGCCGAAGACUACUACACGAACGACUACCCUGAUGAGCCAGACUUUAAUAGCGAAGUCGAGAAGUUCUAUUACUCAUCGGAUGAGCGGGACAUUCUGCACGAGGAGGAGUCUUCGGACGACUACGAGGACUACGUAUGGUGA